AUGGCAAUUCAGGCUGUGUCCGUGGACCCUGUCGUGCUACCAGAGGCUACUGUGAGAAUUUCCAUAGACUCUGGCAAGAUCAAUACGGAUACACUGCCUUCGACCAGCAAUUCAAGUAAUAUACGGAAUGAGGAUUCGUUUCCGUGGCGAACCAACUCAGGCUCAUUUAGAAAUGCUUCACAGGACAGCACGAGCAAACUUCUUCAGGAUAUGAAUGCAUACCGGAUUCGGUCGAAGGCAAAAUUGUCCGGUAAGGAUCUUUCCGGACAGCCGAUCAGUUCUCCGUUAGAAAUGACUGAAAUGGCAGAGACAACGAAGAACGAACUUCACACCAGGGGAAUCAAAAGCUACAGCAGUACGGAUUUGUCUAGUAGUAUUGGGCACAAAAGACCCACGAUCAAGGAUUUCAAAAGCCCCAGCUUUUCGGUUGAUCUUCUUAAUUCCAGAAGAAACUAUUUAGCACAGAGAGCAUUGACAAGCCGGGAUUCCACCUCAGCAAAACGUGGCUACAACGAAACGGGGACCAUCAUUAUUCCGAAGGCAUACGAAAAAACAGAGCUUGCCAAAAAGAAGUUUGAUAAAGAUGAUGAUGCUUCCACCAAACCAAAGAGACCCUCAUCUUCAAAACAUCGAUUCUCCAAAACAGGAUCGUUUGUCAAAGAAGCAAGGCAUCGCCCCAGUGAAAAAUAUGUGAUUCCUGGACAAAAGGUGCAGGAAGGUCAUCACAACUACAUUCUGGCAUACAACAUGAUUACUGGAAUUAGGGUUGCAGUUUCCAGACGUUCGCAAAUCCCAAAACCUUUAACGAACAAGGACUACAGAGAAGUGUCCAAAAUUGUCUUUAAUUGGGAGGGAGGUGCCAAGACGCCGUUUUCGAAAUACGAAUUCAAAUUCAAGGACUAUGCUCCGGAAGUUUUCCGCCAUCUUAGGAGUAUUUUCCACGUGGAUCAGGCCGAUUACUUGCUUUCACUAACAGAAAAGGUGGCUCUCACGGAAUUGGGAUCUCCUGGAAAAAGUGGCUCUUUCUUCUACUAUUCCAGGGAUUACCGAUUCAUAAUAAAGACCAUCCACUACUCUGAGUAUCGUCAUCUAAGAAGAAUCUUAAAGCAGUACCAUGAUUACGUUAUGGAGAACCCAGGAACCCUGCUAUGCCAAUUCUAUGGAUUACAUAGAUUGAAGAUGCAUACAAAGCAUGGGUUGGUCCAACUGCACUUUGUAGUGAUGAACAACAUUUUCCCGCCUACAAGCCAAAUUCACGAGCGGUUUGAUUUGAAAGGCUCGACCUGUGGGCGUUAUACCGAUAUUGCAAAGGCCACGGAGGAGCAGAAAACUUCAUUGUGCUUGAAAGAUUUGAAUUUUCUCAGGUCCAACACCAAAAUACAUCUAGGGCCAGAGAUGAAGACGGCAGUUCUAGAACAGCUAAGGAAAGAUGUCAAGUUCCUUGAAGCCACUAAUACGAUGGAUUAUUCGCUUUUACUGGGUGUGCACAAAAUGUCCGAUGAGGAAAUGAACACUCCAGUUAGCCAGAAUCCUCCAUUUUUGUCCACAAGAGACGUUUCAUCAUCGAAGAUAUUUUCGCUACCGGAUGGAGGAAUUCGAGCGGCAGAUGAAAGUGGCAAGGAGCUUCCAAUCGUGUAUUACAUGGCGAUAAUUGACUGCCUUACGAACUAUUCCACGAGGAAAAGGUUGGAGACGUUUUUCCGAAGUAUGAAGCACAAGAAAAGUACAAUCAGUGCAAUUUCGCCUGUCGCAUAUGGUAAGAGAUUUUAUUUAUUCAUGAAGGCUGGUAUGACACACUCGAAGGAGUUCAAAACAUGA